CUCUGAGCUUCCCUGCGCGUAAGACUGCGCUUAGCAUUACAGCAUUUAGCACAGGAUAGUCUCACUCAGAUAGUGCAAUGAUUUAGGCACAUCUGUCUACACCUGAAAUAGCAUUUGAAAUCACCCCAGAAUAAGUCAUCUGUGUAGAUACAGUCACCACUGGACAGAUACACCUGGUUUCUUUGGAAGAAAUCAGACAGGGAACAGUUUGGCAGUGAUCUAUCAGCUUUCCAAACAAAAAAAAAGUGGUAGCGCUCCGUCCAUCGUUUUCAUGCAACAGCGCGCGUGGUUGUGAAGCCACGGAGUCAGGGAGGGAAACCCAGCAGAUCUGGUUGGAGUCUCCGCAGGAACCCCGAGCGCCUUUUUAAACCCAAUGGAGCGUCACGGUGAUGGAGAAGAGCCGGUCGGUAUCUUAAACCAUCAUGAUAGUGCAGAGGAGCCCGGUUCUCCUUCCCUGGCUUGUGAGCACUCAGGAAGCCAACAGCAGAAGAAUCUUGCCAUGCUGAAGAGGACUGACAACUACCUGCCAGUCCCUGGUGGGGAAAAGAAGCCGGAGGUGAACUUUGUCAACACCAAAGCCAAGGGCGACGAGUCCAUAUCAAUGAAAAAUGUUGAUGUGGAUGAUGGCUCACACCUGCAUCUGCAGCUAGGCCCAUACUUCAAUGAUGGGCAGCGGCGGGUGGACUACGUGCUGGCAUACCACAUCGAGAAGCCCAUCAGCAUCCGACGCCAGUCAUCCAGGUUUACUGACAGCAACUGUAUGGGACGGUUUUGGCGCAGUCUGAGCAGAAGAGGCAGCCGAGCCCCGAUGCAGCGACAAGAAGACCCAGAGAUCACUGCCCAGGGGCACGAGACUGACUAUCAUGAAAAUGACAAGCGUUUCAAUCGAGAAGAGUUUGAGAAAAACCUGGAGGAGACUGGGCUGGAACUAGAAAGAGAUGAAAAGAGUCAGAUCCCUGGAAUAGGCUUCCUGAAGAUACAUGCUCCAUGGAAUGUUCUGUGUCGAGAGGCUGAGUUCCUGAAACUCAAAAUGCCAACAAAGAAGGUUUAUGAAGUGAAACAAGGCAGUAAUGUGGUUGAGCAGAUCCGAGUAUUCAUUCACAAAGUCACAGCUCCUCUUCACCCAAAAGUAGACACCAAUCGACCACAAAGCGUCAAAUCUCUAUGUCACCCUUUCUCCAGAGAGAAUCAGCAUUUAUUUGAUCUGUCUGACAGGGAUAAGUUCUUUGACAGCAAGACCAGGAGUUCAAUAGUCUAUCAGGUGCUGAAGAGGACAAGAUGCACCAGAGCAAAAUACUCCAUGGGGAUCACCAGUCUGCUAGCCAGUGGUGUCUACACUUCUGCUUAUCCUCUGCAUGAUGGAGACAUCGAUGGGGUGAAUACAGAACCUAACGACAGAAACCUGCUGUAUGAGGAGUGGGCCAGCUACUGUGUCUUCUACAAGUACCAGCCCAUUGGACUCAUCAGGAAGUAUUUUGGAGAGAAGAUUGGACUGUAUUUUGCCUGGCUAGGAGUCUACACACAGAUGCUGAUCCCUGCAUCCAUCAUUGGAGUCAUUGUAUUCCUCUACGGCUGUGCCACUGUCGAUGAUAACAUACCUAGUAUGGAGAUUUGUGAUUCAAGGAACAACAUCACCAUGUGUCCGCUGUGUGACCACGCCUGCAGCUACUGGAAGCUGGUGACAGCUUGUGGUACAGCCCGGGCCAGCCACCUCUUUGACAACCCGGCCACUGUCAUAUUCUCCAUCUUCAUGGCCCUCUGGGCGGUCCUCUUCAUGGAGCACUGGAAGAGGCGACAGAUGCGACUCAACUAUAUCUGGGACCUGACAGGCUUUGGAGAGGAGGAGCAGGAGGAAAACAAGGACCACUACCGAGCGGAGUAUGAGCUGCAGGUCACGAAAAAGAGAAUGAAACAGGAACGUUCAAACACUAAGGGUGAGAAGGACCAAAAGGUGAAGCUGACAUGUACAGACAGACUACCAGCUUACUUGUUAAUUGUGGGCACGAUGUGUUUUCUGAUUACUGUGACUUUUGCCAUAGUCUUCGGGGUCAUCCUGUACCGGAUUAGCAUUAGGGCAGCACUGCACAUGAGCUCCUACCCUGCAGCACGGGCCAACAUCCGAGCAACUGUCAAAACCACUGCCGCCAUCAUCAACCUCAUCAUCAUCAUCGUCUUAGAUGAAAUCUAUGGUGCCAUCGCCCGCUGGCUCACCACACUGGAGGUUCCAAAGACAGACAAGAGCUUUGAAGAGCGCCUCAUCUUCAAAACCUUUAUCUUGAAGUUUGUCAAUGCCUUCACACCCAUUGUCUACUUGGCCUUUUUUAGGGGCAGGCUUGUUGGGCGACCUGGAAACUACUUGUAUGUUGUUGGAUCGUAUAGAAUGGAGGAGUGCGCUCACGCAGGCUGCCUCAUGGAGCUGUGCAUCCAGUUGUGCAUCACCAUGUUAGGCAAGCAGCUCAUCCAGAACAACCUGUUUGAGAUUGGCAUACCGAAGCUGAAGAAACUGCUCCGGAAGAGGAAGUCAGAGUUGGACUCAAAGCAAGAGGAGGAACUGAAUGAAACUCUGCAGCGCUACGAGAAGGACCACUUCCUGGGUCCUUUUGUUGGCCUCAACCCAGAGUACAUGGAGAUGAUCAUCCAGUUUGGGAUGGUGACUCUUUUUGUGGCCUCCUUCCCUCUGGCUCCACUCUUUGCUCUUCUGAAUAACAUCAUCGAGAUCCGCCUGGACGCCAAGAAGUUUGUCAAGGAUCUGCGCAGGCCAAUUGCAGCUAAAGCCAAAGACAUUGGUAUCUGGUACAACCUCUUGAGAGGCCUCAGCAAGGCAGCAGUCAUUGUUAAUGCCUUUGUCAUCUCCUUCACGUCUGACUUCAUUCCCCGGCUGGUCUAUCAGUAUGUGUACAGCCCUGAUGGCAGCUUGCAUGGCUUCGUCAAUCACACUCUGUCUUACUUCAACGUCUCUGACUUCCAGCCGGGCACCGACCCUCUGGAGCCAAUGCACCUGGGAUACAAGGUAGAAAUAUGCAGAUAUAAGGACUACAGAGAGCCUCCCUGGUCCAGCACACCGUAUGAACUCUCUAAGGAGUUCUGGGCCAUUCUGGCUGCCCGCCUUGUCUUCGUUAUCGUCUUUCAGAAUGUGGUGAUGCUUAUGAGUGACUUUGUGGAUUGGCUGAUCCCGGACAUCCCCAAAGACAUCAGCCUCCAGAUCCACAAGGAGAAGAUCCUAAUGGUGGAGGUCUUCAUGAAGGAGGAGCAGAACAAAAGGUGUGCAGCACAGGACAACCGCUCCUCUCCCUCGUCAACCAAUCAGAGCCCGCUGCAGCCUCGUUCACGGCCUGUUUCGCAUGCUAACUGUUGAAUUGCUAGCUGCUGGUUUCUAAAAAUAAGCACAUCCAUUAACACGUGGUCUGUAAUCAAUAGCAAGAUUUUACUGCAUUCACCUUGUUUUGGGAAUAUUUCCAGGAAUGACCUGGAGAUUAAAUCCUAAACCUCAAUGUGUUCAUGUUACAAUUCCUUCACUGAGAAACUGGUUAUUUACCUCCUUUUUUUUUUUUUUACACUUUUCCCAAUAAUCUGUUACACCAGCCAGCCAUUGUCAGCCAUUAAUGAAAAAUCCUAUAGACAGCACAUUAUUUAUUAGAUGCAUUUAAAAGGAGCAAGGCAUUAACUUCGUUUUACUGUGUUCUUUCCUUGUUGAUGAGACCCAAGACAAGUAAGAAAAUGGUGCCAAAUCCUACUUUCAUGAACAUGCAACUCAUGCAUUCAAGCAGAAAUUUCAUACCUGCUAC